CCUGGGAACCGGCGCCGAUCCGUGGGCGCGCCACAGCUAAGAAGGGGACCCUGAGAAGGGAUCGGCCGCGGCCAAGGUCCCUGGAAACCCCGCCCCAGCUCACGCUGCCGACGGCGGCUGUAGAGGUUCUGCGUGAGGCCCGGGCUCCUGGACUUCGCCUUUCCCGAGCCCUGGAGGUGAGGAGGAGGGCUGAGCGGUUCGGUCCUGCAGCCCAGAGCCCCCAAGCCGCGCUUCCAGAAGUCGAAAAAGCCGACCUUGUGCUGUGAAGACAUUUCCCAAGUGCUUCUUGUUAGCCAGCAAAUCCGACCCGCAAGGCCUGGAAAGAGGUGAUUUUUAGGUUGUGGAGAGGUGAUCUUAUCCAGCUCCGCUUCCCUGGGACCCACCGUGGGACCUGAGGCAGAACUGGGGUGGACUUGGCCUCCUCCAUGGCACACCGGCUGCAGAUACGACUGCUGACGUGGGAUGUGAAGGACACGCUGCUCAGGCUCCGCCACCCCGUAGGGGAGGAGUAUGCUGCCAAGGGCCGGGCCCACGGACUGGAGGUGGAACCCUCAGUCCUGGAACAAGGCUUCAGGCAGGCGUACAAGGCUCAUAGCCGCAGCUUCCCCAACUACGGCCUGAGCCACGGCCUCACCUCCCGCCAGUGGUGGCUGGACGUGGUCCUGCAGACCUUCCACCUGGCGGGUGUCCGGGAUGCUCAGGCUGUGGCGCCCAUCGCCGAACAGCUGUAUGAAGAUUUCAGCAGCCCCUGCACCUGGCAGGUGCUGGAUGGGGCUGAGGACACCCUGAGGGGGUGCCGUACACGGGGUCUGAGGUUGGCAGUAGUCUCUAACUUUGACCGACGGCUAGAGGGCAUCCUGGCAGGUCUUGGCCUGCGUGAGUACUUUGACUUUGUGCUGACCUCUGAGGAUGCUGGCUGGUCCAAGCCGGACCCUCGCAUUUUCCAGGAGGCCUUGCGUCUUGCUCAUAUGGAACCUGCAGUGACCGCCCAUGUUGGGGAUAAUUACCUCUGUGAUUACCAGGGGCCUCGGGCUGCGGGCCUGCACAGCUUCCUGGUGGUUGGCCCACAGGCAGUGGACCCCAUGGUCAGGGAUUCUGUGCCUAAAGAACACAUCCUCCCCACUCUGGCUCAUCUCCUGCCUGCCCUUGACCACCUAGGGGGCUCAACCCCAGGACUUUGAGGCUGGUGAGGGAAGUGGCUGGGCCCUAGGCCGUGGAGAAAACCCAAAACAAACCCUGCAGACAGGGAGCCCCUUCUUUCUCCAAAGCUCUGGACUUUCCUGGUCUCCCUGCGGCCUUCAUCACCUAUUCUGAUAAUAAAGCAGUUUGAGUGCUGGGCUCUCAGCCUUGCCCCACUAA